GAGACGCUUGUAACAAUUCCCCCGGUUGCUCGCCUCCGGCUUGCAAACGGGGGCCCGCGGGGCAUGUAGCCAGCCAGAGCUGCGUGCGCCCAAGAAGCGGCAGCAAGGGCAACCCGGACAUGCAGCAUCGGGAAAAGGAGCGCAGGCUUCCCUCUUCCAUCCACUCUGCUUUCUCUGCAUGUUGUGAGAAGUUAAAAUCCCAUCUCCAUGGAGGGGGGGAAACUGAAUGAAAUCAAGGAGAGCCUCCGGAACAUAGAGCAGACGUACAAAGUCUUCCAGCAACAGCAGUUCACCUUCAUUGCGGCUCUGGAGCACACCCGAGAAAACGCGCACGACAAGAUCAAGCCCGUCUCGAGCAUCGGACAGGUGCAGACCUACAUGGACCAUUAUUGCAACAAUUCAACGGACCGGCGCAUCCUCCUCAUGUUCCUCAACAUCUGCAGUGACCUCAACAAGCUCUGCCAGCGACUGGAAGCCCUCCAUCCUGGGAACAGCACCACCAACACGCUCUUGGACAGGUGUAAGACUUUGGUCAGCCACAGCAACGACCUCAGCAGCAUCCGAGCCAAGUACCCCCACGACGUGGUGAACCACCUGAGCUGUGACGAAGCCCGGAACCAUUAUGGCGGCGUGGUGAGCCUCAUCCCCAUGGUCCUCGACUGCAUGAAGGAGUGGGUGGCCCACAGCGAGAAGCUCCCUCGGAACCUGUUGCAGAGCGUGAGUUGCAGGAGUGGGGGCGCCGUCCCGGAGCGAAAGCCGCAGGCCGCCCUGGGAGCAGGCCUCGCCCCCUCGAACCGGCCCGAGUGCCUCGCGGCGGCCACCCAGACCUCGCUGUGCCGGCCCGAGUGCCUCGCGGCGGCCACUCAAACCUCGCUGUGCCGGCCUGAGUUCCUCACGGCGGCCACUCAGACCUCGCUUAGUCUGGCAGACAGGAGUAAGCGGGAUAAAAAAGGGCAGCCGUCUGGCGUAGGGAAGACCCCGCACAAGAUUCUCAAUGGGCCUUGGAGGCCUCCUGGUAGACAUGCUUUUUAAAGUUUAAAGAAGAGUUAAGAGAGAAGCUCGCUCCUCUGGCGAUUAAAACACAGUCUCCCUGUAUUCGCUUCAGUUAUGCCCUUUCCUGGAAACACAGCGAGCAAGAAGGAGCACACAAAGCACUCAGCGUCCCCCGAAUCGGACACGUCAUUCUUGACCUUUUAUGGGCCGGGCCUUGCCCUCAGAUUAAAAAGCCUCCAGCCUACUCCCAUAAAAGCAGUUUAAGCCAGGGCUACACACUCGAGGACCCACCCAGCCCACUGGCCACGUAUCGUGGCCCGCCAAGGGUCCGAUAACCUCUCUCGUUGCGGACGCCUGAGGAGAGAGCACAGAGGCAGCUUCAUCAAGCCUGAUGUGCAAGUGGGUUGGGAUUGAGUUUAGCUGGUCAGAAAUAGGGCUCCUCCCGAAUCUCAAGAGGUGAACUCCCAAAGAAAGGAGGAUCUUUUCAGGCAAACAUUUUCGAUGCGGUGGUCAACAAACCCGGACCGACGGCCACAGUGCCCCACCUCCUGGGAUAUACCUGGAGCAUGGGCUGAGCCAGAGGGUGGCGAGCUACUAGGCCAGGCUCAACUCCAAAGAGGAGGGGAGAACAUUGCAGAGGCAGGAAAGCUGUCUGUCUCGAUCUGCCGCGUCGGUUCGGUUCAGACAUUGUGCUCGGAUGAUGUACACCGAUACCCGUUUGCGAAUGCAUGUACCUGCGCUCCUUUUAAAAGUGAAACUGGGCUCAGGUCCCUCCAGCGCAUGGUACCUGCAUUCAACACCGCGGGGGGGAAGACCCGUCCCUGCAUACGAAUCGGGACAUUUCAAGGCAGAGCUGCAUUUCCGAAAGCGCCCACCCUGGGGUGCUUUGAAGCACCGACGCAGUGCCCCAGCUUCCUCCCCCCUCCCCAGCCCCACGGCCUCUGUAUUUCCAGCCCUAGGCCAAUGGGAGAUUGGCUCUCUUCCUUGAACACGUCUGGCUGCCCCCCAUGCAUGCAAGAUUAGAGCUGGCCCCAUGGUCCCAGGCUCCGUUAGUCUGACUGCUCUUUUCCGCUCCCCCCGCAGGCUUCUUAGCUCCUGUUCCUUUGCCUCCUACGGAAGAUGCUUCUGAAUAAAACCAUUUCCCCUGCA